CCAACAAGUCAUCUAGCCGCGAGGCCUCUGCUCUUUCGACAAAGAGGUCAAGGAUAUGACCUCAGAUGUCCCAGUAACUCGCCCACGUGUUGCGGCACCCCGCAUUUCAGCUACCCCUCCUGACUUCAUAGCGCUGGGCGAAGUCGGGCUUGACGCGAUGGCUAUAUCUACUUGUAGCGCCGCUGGCAUACCUGAAAUCCUUUUAUUUUGCUUGAUUCUCUUACGAAAGCGUCCGUACUGUUAAUCCCUCUUUAUCCUCUCUAAUUGAAUCAACACGUCGUUGAAGCGACCGCAGCUGAUACACGCCAUGUCUGGGUGGUCUGAUCUUCCUGCGGCAUUGAAGGGAAGCUUGGAUAAGCUCACAGAGCUCCUUCAGUCCGACACUCAGCUCGAGACCUUCACUACUUCAGACGCUAUCGACAAGGGCGCCACCUUCGGCAUUAAGUCGAGCGGUUCAGACAACACUCUUCUCAUCAGCGUCACCAAUGGCAGCGCAAAAGUAAGCACUGGUACCACAAAGGAUGCCUUGUUUACACUUUCCGCUCUACCGGAGCAAUGGGAGCAGCACUUCAAGGAGGUCCCUGCUGCCCCAUACCAAAGCUAUUGGGGAAUGUUCGGUAUGAACAUCAAGCAGGAAGGCAUCGAAGUCUCGGGCGACCAAACUGCAUUUGCACAAUGGACCCAUGUAUGGAGACGCGUUCUUGAGCUCGUCCACGACGCACAUUGCGGCCCUAUCAAAGAAGACGAGCAACCCGAGCCUGACAAGGACUAUCUGACCGGUCGUUACCUCUUUCUCGACGCCCCGGUAUGGGGACGUAGCAAGGUCUUUUACGAAACCUCUGGCGAAGGCAGACAGGCGAUCGUCUUCCUCCACACCGCCGGCAGUGAUAGCCGGCAGUACCAUGGCGUCAUGAACGACGCCAGGAUGCGCAAGAAGUGCACCAUGUAUGCCUUUGAUCUACCAGGACACGGUCGAAGCUUUCCGUCCAAGAACUAUGUCCCUGGUGCACACACCAAUACUGAAGACAGCUAUGUUGGCAUCAUUGCGGCAUUUGUGAAGUCGCUUGGGUUACGACGACCAAUCAUCUGUGGCGCGAGUAUGGCUGGUCAGGUCUGCCUGGCGGUAGCUAUUCGGCAUAAGGAGGUUGGCGCUGGAGGUGCUAUACCUCUGCAAGGUUCUGAAUACCUCAACAUGGAGCGCCAGUGGCACGAUCGCUCCCCGUACGUCAAUCAGUCGUUGUUCAACCCAGAAUGGGUCUACGGCAUGAUGUCGCCAACUGCGCCUCUCGCCAACAAGCAACUUAUAUGGCAUCUAUAUAGCUCUCAAGCUUACGGUAUCUUCCAUGGCGACCUCGACUUCUACUUUGGUGGUUGGGACGGACGCUCACGCGUAGCUUCCAUAGAUACGCAGAGCUGCCCAGUAUACAUGCUCACGGGCGAAUACGACUGGUCCAAUACCCCAGAGAUGUCGCAAAAGACUGCAGACAAAAUUCCAGGCGCGGUGCAUAAGGCUAUGCCAGGUCUAGGCCAUUUCCCGGCUACCGAAAACCCUGCCAAGUUCGUGCCGCAUUUGAUUGAGGCCGUGGACCACAUCCAGAAGGUUCGAAGCGAAAACUUGAGCACAAUGCGUUUAGGUAAUGGCACAGAUUGAACGGGGGUUACCAGAUUGCUAUGGCGAAAGACGUGAGAUUGUAAGCCUUAUUCGUUCUUGUCACUUGCCAAUCUCUACAAUUCUUUUGACAUUUCUCUCAAAUCAAAGUGUACGUGAUAUGAUUUUGCUCCACUAAUUAUAUAUCGCCUAUAAACAAGUCAAUGAUGUUGCGGCCAUACGAUAUAAUUUUCGUCACGCUACCGUUCCAUUUGCACCCACAUUUGCAAACUAGUGUGCUAUUAUUCG